GCAGCAUGCAGCUCGGCUAUCAUGGCGGAUUUCGGUUCUCCGGCCUUGGGUUCUCCGGGAACGCCAAGUCGUCAUGAAAAAUCGCUGGGUUUAUUGACAACGAAAUUCGUCAGUUUGUUGCAAGAAGCUAAGGAUGGUGUCUUGGAUCUUAAAGUUGUGAGUGCGAAAAGAAAUCCGGGUCUUUUAGCCCGCGAAAUAGGCGAUUUUAUGUUCGGUUGUCCUUCUUUGUGCUUCCCGAUGCAUUUUGCAUUCACUUUGUGAAGUGAUGUUUACCUUGUUGUCUUUCAGGCCGCCGAUACACUCGCUGUUCGUCAAAAGCGACGAAUUUACGAUAUUACUAAUGUUCUCGAAGGAAUAGGGCUGAUAACCAAGAAAUCAAAGAAUAGCAUUCAGUGGAAGUAAGUAUCUCACGAACGGGAAAGUUCAUGUGACAAAAGGCAGUCGCGCGGGACAACAUGCGAAUUCCAUCGCAGUUCCCUGACAUUCUCGCGGGAUAUUUAUGGCAUUUUUAUUUUAGAUUCUUAAGCAUUGAAGACUUUUGUCCUUCACCGUCUUUGAAAUCGCAAAAGUUCAGCCAGAAAACAAAAAAAACCAGAACAUUUUGGUAGUUUUUUGCUGGGUUAUUGACGUUGGAACGCGUGGUGUCAGCGCGCAAACUCGAUUGUGAAGGUCGUUUACCGCCAUUUAUUUUGGCGCCCUUCACAUCGUCAUAUUCCCCGGAAAAUAGAAAGAAAAAAAGGGGCAAACUAUUUUCACUCAAAUUCUACUGUUACAGUCUUGUUACUGUAGCUAGUUGCACAUUUCAUAACAAUCAUUUUCACGCAAUGCUAGCUUGCCUUCAACGUAAUCUAAGAGGAAAUUCAAGAGAAAGCAGCGAUACUUCCCUCGCUCGAUUGUCUAAACGUUCAUAAGUUGGGUAAUUGUUUCAGAAAGACUUAAAAACGAAUAAGAUGAAAUUCUAACAAGAACGUAGUUUUUUUAAAGAAUAUCUAUGCCAAAAAUAAUGCAUUGUGCUUACGGGACUUUAAAGGGCAACAUAAUCUUAAAAUAAUUAAAUAUAUAGAAAGUUUAUUUGGAUUCCCGCCAAUCAAAACAAAUUAUAAUUUUAGCUCCUACAUGCGAAAUACAUUAGAAUAUGGAACUUUGCAUAUUAUGUUAUUCUCUUCUUGUUGAUUUUACUUACCAUUAUUUUUUAUAACUAUUAUUUAUAAUAAGUUUUUUUUUGGGGGGGGGGGAGGGGUUGAUUAUUAACUUUGUGACUAAUGAAAGUAGUUUGUUUUGCAAGGGCAAGCUGUGAACAAACACACAUGCAAGAAAUGCACUUUUUUCUUUUGCUUUUUGUACCUACUGCAGUUUGCAUCUAAGGCCUGUUUCAAACGUCGUGCUACAGUUGUGCCGAAGGGAAAAAGCCAAGAAGGGAAUUAAAUUCGAAUUAAAUUCAACUUUAGCACAGCAGUAACGCGACGUUUGAAACCAAGUCGUGCUACUGCCGUGUAGCACGGCUUGUGCCGAACUCAAUUCAUAAAUUAUAAACACAUUAGAAUACAUUUCAAAGUUUGCUAAACUGUUUCUUUAUUUUUGUGUUUUGUUUUCGGCAACAGCCAUUCUAUUCGACUGAAAUAAAUUCAGCAUCUGAAAGUGUCAUGCUACAGUUGAGCCAGCUUAGCACAGCAGUAGCACGACAUUUGAAACAGCUCUAAGUGUGGACACGUGAUAGAAAAACAGGUUCUAAUUGGUGCAAAUAUGACAUGUUUUUCUGAUGUGUGGCUCAUACAUACAUACAUAAAUACAUUUUUUUUAUUUAGAGUCAACUUUUUCCAAAUAACUAAAAUUACAAACAACAAAAAUUGCUAACCAUAUAUGGCUAAUAAGUUAUCAAUUAAUUAAGUCCUAUAGUAUUUACUUUUUGCCAUCUUCCCCUUUCCUUUUUUCAAAGCAUUUGAAUACAUGUUUUGCUAUUAGUUUUUUGUAUUUUGACCUGUUACCAUCCCCCCCCUCCCCCCGCUUCUCCUGGGACAAGUCCAGCCCUUCAGGCCCAGAGUUGGAGAAUGGUGUGAAGCAGUCCUAUGCUGGGGGUAGGGGGUGGGGCAAAUAAAAAACAUCUUCUCUUUGAUUGUGCGAAGUAUGUGUCAUUUCUUGCAUGGUUUACAUAAUGGCUGCAGACCUCAUGACUAUGUAUUUUUAAGGAAAAACACCAGAAUUUUUCGGAGAGUGGUUGGACAGGAAUAACUUAUCAAAAUUAAAGUCUGUAUUUAAAGGUUUGUUUAAAUAUUUUUUUGGAAAAGAAGGAGAGAAAUAUUUCUUCAGCCUAGCUUUAAUGAUAAGAAAACUUAUUUGAAAACAAAUGCAAGGCUUUUGAUAUAUAUAAGUAAACAGAGAUCCGGUCCAGUUUUCUUAUGAAGUCUUCCAAGACUGCUGCUUUAGAAAAUUUUUUGGGAGCCCUUUGGGCUCCUAAAAUAAAAAGUUAGGAGCCUAAGCCGCAUUUCUAGGAGCUCAAUUAAACAAAGGUCAGUAAUUUUAUUAACCCUUUGGCGAUGGCCGGCAAGUAGCAAAAAAACAGCAUUUUUCACCAAUUCCUCUUCUUUGGCCUGGUUUUUGGCUAAUUAGGAUAAAAAUAGCUUAAAAAUGAGUUUGCAAAGAGAAACCGCAUAUUUUUCGACUAAUCUGACGUAAUUAAACAGCUUAUUUGUUUUUCACACAUGCACAAAAGCCAAAAUUUGUUCCUUUUUUUGUGAAUCUAUUUCAAUCUUUCUCUCUCGCUCUCUUUUUUCCCUUGCCUUUCUUGUUUAUCAGCAGUUUUGUUGCCCACUUUAUUGUCCUUCUUUUGCAUGGAAUUGUGGCUGGCUAACUUCUUAGGAAAGGGGCAAAUUUAAUCUUCAAAGAGUAGUAUGUAAACAGCGAAAUUGGUAGUGGGUUUUUCCCCAAAAUGUUACCUUUUUCGUGAGUGUAACUCUGACAGGAUUGGUCAGAAUAUCCAAAACGAGGUAUCACUGGAAAGAUCUAUCUUUGAAGAAGUUGUUGUUUAUCAAUUUAUACCCACCGAGCAGAGGCCUUUCAAUCUUCCUAGAUAAGUCGGGAAGGCUUAAGGAGCAUCAUGUGACGAGACAAAACCGCAACAAUGCUCAAGCCUCGAAUGAAUUUAGUUUCGAAACGUGAAAACUGAGUCUUGAGUUUGGAGAAACCAGCUUUUGUUAUAUUCGCCACUCGAAAGGAUUUCGAGAAACUAUUUAUUUCUCAAGAAACAUAACAAUGAUCUCUCACACGUACUGGGAAAGCUCUGACCAACAGCACUUACAUGUUCAGUUUUUAGGUGAUAAAAAAGGACAGACAAAAGGUUUUUAUCUGGAAGUUUGGAAAAUUAACUCAGUAUUUUUUCUAUCAAGUCUAUCUUUUGAACUAUUAACUUUGAACUGUUUAUGUAUUUGUGAAGGUUUGUAUUUAUGUACAUUGCACUCAACUGCAGAACUUAAUGAGAUUGAAACAUGAUCUUGAAUAGCCACUUUCAAAAACUAAAAUGUUUUUGCCAGUUUUCAAAAGUUACCACAAAAAGUACAGCAAAAGAUAGGGAGGUGUAGACAACACUGAAUAAAAUAAGAGAAAAUGCUACAAACUUGCAAAAGUUAAUAGCAUACCGAAACCACCGAUGUCACUUGUAAUUUGUAACCAGCUUGCUUUUCCACGGAUCGUGACUUUAUAUCAGUUUUUACUUCAUGCAGUAGUGACCCUUAACGUUUCUAACGCUGAAGGAAAAGUCAUGAUUUUAUUAUCCAAGUUUUUUCUCGAAGACUAUUAAAUUCAUUCGACGCCAUUUUCAGACGAGAAACUUUGACUGUUCUGCAGUGGAAGUCACAGAAGCAAAUUUCAAGACAUAGUGCUGUGUGUUUACAUUUUAUCGGUGGAAAUAUGUUUUUGCCUAUGGCUGUCGAUCAAACGUUUUCGAUUGUCGUUAAAGUGCAGAAUGAGCAGGGAAUUUUGUUGUUUGUUCACUGGAAGUUAGCCCGAGAAUCAUAAGUUUUAGGUGCCCCUUUGGUCUCCCUGUUUGAAAUUUUGGUCGCCCGAGGGAAAAUCAGACUGGUCAGACUGGGUGGCUUAAAUGCACACUACAGUUAAACCUGUAAUGGCUUACUGACUGCUUAAGACAGGUUGACUGUUAAACAAAGAUUUGAUGCAUCUUGUCAAAGUAAUCAUUUCAUAGAGGUGAAAACGAUGAAAUAAGUCGUUGGGAUCUUGGAAAAGAUGACCUUGAUGGCUUAAUAGGGGUGACCGCUUAAUACAUGUCAGCUUUGCAGUACUGGUAAUUAAGGGACAUGAUUUCUGGGAUUUGUUUAAUGGCUGCUUAAUAGAGGGUGACUGCAUAAUGUAGGUCUGCUUAAUAUAGCCUUGACAUGUGUUUUAUUUUGCUUGUUGAAAAACCUUGUUGACCUUCCCUUUGGAAAUGGCCACCAUUUUGAGAAUUUGGAAGCCAGGCAGAUCCUGGUAAAAGAGUUAGUUUAAGGCUGUGGACUGAUGAGUUUAUUGGAAACAUAAUUAAAUCUCGCAGUUUAUAUUGUUUACUCACAGGUGUUGAAGUGCUAACAUAUUAUGUUUUGUUUGCAGAGGGGCUGGUCCAGGUUGUAACACUAGAGAAAUAUCUGACAAACUAGUGCUUUUAAAGGACGAGCUAGAAAGACUAGAAGACCAAGAAAGACAAUUGGAUGAACAAAGAUUAUGGGUUCAACAAAGCCUCAAGAAUGUUUCUGAAGAUCCAGAAAAUGAACAGCUAGCCUAUGCUACUUAUGAAGAUGUUUGUCACAGUUUUAGAGGGGACACGUUGUUGGUUGUUCAAGCUCCGUCUGGAACACAACUCGAGGUCCCAAUUCCAGAGACAGUAAGUACCAGUACACGUUUCUUGUUCAUUUUUUAAUUGAAGUAAUCUAGUCAAUUUGUGUUGAUGUUUUCAGCCAAAGAUAGGAAUUAGAGAGUUCAGCCCAUAUGACAUUUAAACCUCAGCUGAACUGUAUGGGUGAAAGAGGCUUUAUUCUAUUUCUGUGAUUGGAAUUCUGUGAGCAGCUUUUCAAUGUUUGGGAUUGAAAUACAGUGUUGCUAGUUUAUUUCACAGUAGUAGGGAUUGAUGCCUAAAAUAAUCUUUGCCUUGCCCAACAUCACCCUAUCGCUGCAUUCCUCUUUUUAGAAUAUGAAGCAACCAAACAAGUACCAGAUUCAUUUGAAAAGUCAAAAUGGUCCAAUCCAUGUUCUAUUGGUAAACAAGGAUGCUUCUGCAAACAGUCCGGUAGUGACGCCUGUACCUCCGCCGGCUAAUGAUGUUAAUUCAAAUAACCAUUCCGGAAUGAAAGGUGAAGAACCAAUGGAGACCGGCACUGAUGCUAAAUUUACAAAUGAUCUCAGCUUAAAAGGUGAAGCAGUCAAGACAGAAGUUCUAGAAUCCAGCAGAGGUAAUUUCAGUAACAAGACAGUAAAUGACCCAAGAAAUAUUUAGCAGUCUCUGAUUUUUAUUUCACAUUUUAAAGCUCUUGCUCUCCAGGAACUUUCUGGAGGCAUUCUGUCUGUUUCUUUAUGUCUUUUAAUUUUUCUUUUGUUUUUUAGCAAAUGAGCUUAAAGAGGUUGCUAAUGACAUUAUAUUUGGAAAUAGCCUCAAAGGUAACAACAGUAUUGUUGUAAAAUUCCAAUCCAUCAACCCCUUUCACUCCAAGUCUUAUGCCAAAUACUUUCAGUAAUAAAAUACAGUUGAACUUUUAUGUGUGCCUAGCCCUUGGAAGCAAUGCUCUUUUAUCCAAAAUACUCAAAUUGCUAUAGUGUUAACUGCUUGUAAGUAAUCUGCAAUGAGAAGAGAGAGAGAAACAAAAAAGAAACAUCUGAUACAUUACGUCUGGUCGACCUGUCAUAAUCAUAACUGAAACUGAAUUCCUUCAAGGCAUGAACAAUUUUUGUAUGAUGGGGAAAUCAAAACAACUGCCAUGUUCAAUUGUUUCUUUGAAAAACUGAGGAGCUAUGAAUAGUCUUUUCUCCAGUAACCAUAAAAAAGUGAAAAAAAAAAAUAGAGAAAAGAAUCUAUUUUAUUCGUCGGGUAUUGAACCAAGUACCUCUGCUCCCAAUGUUGCUCAUCCCACUGGACAAGGGUAAUGCUUACCCUAGGAAUGAGAUUGCUCUGCGCUGGAGGUUAAAGUGAAUGUUAAAGCUGUGUGCUAUGAGUUAAUUCAAUUCCAUCCAAAUUAUUUAAUAGUUUGUUUCAGUCCAUGUACCUUAACAAAAAAAUAAAAAUCCUCAAGGUUGACAAAGUCCUUAAAAAGAAAAGGCGCCAUCGAGUAUCGAUUGAUGGUGAAUCUCGAGUCAGAGUGUAACUUAGUAACUUCUUGCAAAUUUAUUGCUUUUAAUCUAAUUAUCUUCGAAAUGAUUAGUGUUCUUUUUAAUAUUAAGUUAGUGAGCGUAAAAGAAGAAAAAAGAGAGAAUUUAUAAAAUUAAUUUGUUACUGAAAAAAAGAUGAUAACGAGUAUCAAACACAGUACCUUUGGCUCCAAAGGUUAAGCGUCAAUGCCUUGCGCUAUGAGAACAAUAGAAAUGGACUUAUUGACUAACACAGACGUUGACAUAAUGCUUUCUGGGUAUAAAGCCAGUAAGCACAAAAAUGUAAGCCAGGCAGAGUAUUUCAACCUUGGGAAUCAAUUACAUUUCAUUCAAACACUAUCGCAAGGGACUUCAAACCUAAUCUCCAGCUUAUCAGAACAGAACUGUGUCAGACGUAUUGUGUCCGGACUAAUGAGAAAGAACUCCAGAUUGUGGAUUUUUUGCAUGUGAUCUGGUAAAUAAACACAUCAUGCCCUCGUUCCCGCCAAACACAUAAAGAGACUACAGGGAGAGCAUGAUUGCACACUAUUCAUAAGCAAUCACCAUUACUGGAUGUGUGACUUUGUGUGCUACUUUGUCUCCAUGACCACCUUGUUUAGGGGUGGGGGGCAGUAGGACUACAGUACCCUAAGUUGCCUAGUAGAAGCUCAACCCAGCCCUAUUACCUCCUAGUCUUCUACAAUAGACCUGUUCGGCUAACUUAAUGUUGUACCCAAUUCAAAUCUCCCGGGGAUAAGAUUCUUUGUGUAUUGUAUUUGCAUUAUAAUGUGGCAUUCACAUUAAAUGAUAUGGAAAUUCCUGAGACAAAACGUUUUAUUCCCAAAGGGUUUGAAUUGGGUACAACAUUGAGUUAGCCGAAUAGGUCUAUGAUCUUGAAGUUAUUUUUUUACUGAUCAUGAUUUGUGUCUCUGCUACAUGUCAAAAUUAAAUUUAGGUUAAGAUUUUUUAACCGAGGUUGAUUUUCAAUUUCUCCUAGUCCGGAUUCAUGAAUGAUUAGGGCUAGGAGACAAAGAAAAUUGAGAAUCAACCUAGGUUAAAAAAUUUUAACCUGAAUUUAACUUUGACCUGUAACAUCUACACUCUACUACCUGAAACAGGUUUAUUUUAUCUUGUGCAAGAUUUGUGAACAACUUUCUUGUGUUAGGAUCUUCUGUUAUGCUGACUAGAAAGUUAACUGUGGUUUAUUUAUUUUUAACUACCACAGAAGGUAAUAUUGCAGAGGAAGUUAUGGAAGAGUUUAUGUCAGCAGAAGGUAAAGAUUUUAUGAAAUUAAAGGGGUAUUCAUGGCUGCCUCUAAAGUCCCUGGGGAUUGGGGAUUACCUGGGCCUACUGUGAGCAUGACUCCAGGCCAUUUUAAGAGGAAACAAAAGUAACGUAGAACAUACAAAACUUCGUAGCUGUUCUAAUUUUUUCAUCUACUGAAUCAGUAUGAUGUUAAGGAAGAUAUGCGGUGUUUUCAUAUUAUAAUGAUAAAUUCACUUUUUAAGGAAGAGGGUGGCUGCUUAAUAGACGUUUUGGUUGUUAAACAGUAAGGAAAUCAGGGAUUGUUCAUCAGCAAACAAAAACUCUCAUUACAUCACUGUAAACAGAACCUCUAUGAUUUAAGCAGCCACUUCCUUGGGGUAUUGACUGAGGGUGCGUUCGAUUGGGAAAUCUAAAUCCAGAUUUCUCAAUCAAACGCGAAAUCCGAAAACGGAUUUCACCUCCGAGAAAUCCGUCCUCAGGGUGGAUUUCAAUUAAGAAAUCCAAAUCCGGAUUUCAUUGAUUUCCUUUUUACCGUUCGAUUGGGAAAUCCGAAAAAGGAUUUGCAAAACUAUUCUCGUGAACAGUGGUCUUCUUUUUGCUAAGUAUGCGUGCGCGUGCAAGACUGCUUUUCUUAAGGACAGUUUUUCAAAUCCUUUUUCGGAUUUCCCAAUCAAACGGUAAAAAUGAAAUCCAAAAACAGAUAUCUCAACGUUGAAACCCUUUUUCGGAUUUCGCGUUCGAUUGCAAAUCCGAAAUCCGGAUUUUAAAAUCUAAAUCCAGAUUUCCCAAUCAAACGCACCCUGAGAAAUAGUAUGCCCCAUUCAGAAACUAUAAGGGGAAAAGGUACAAGCUUUAGGUGCAACAAUUUCUUGGAUAGUUUGGGUGGACAAACAUUACUUCUUAUUGGUUAAUGGUCGGCUUGAAUACCAUUUACCAAUCAUAACUAACACUUAUCCAGCCAAACGAUCCCAGAGAUCACUGCUUCCAGAGUUUGUACUGAUUUGUACUCAUUCUCUGUAGAGAUUCUGAAGUGGGGAACUGUACUUAUGUUUACUACUGUGCUGAAGACAACUUGUUGACUUUUUUAUUGCUCAUGUACAGUGUAUGCGCCACUUCUGCGGUUAUCGCCACCGCCAGGUGAGCACGACUACUACUUCAACUUGGAUGACUCUGAAGGUGUCUGCGAUUUAUUUGACAUUCCAAACCUGGACAUUCCUUCUCCAUUGCCUGGAGCUAUGGCCUCUUCAUAAUCAUCCUAUUUACCAGCCUUCUCUGCUUAACAAACUUGUAACUACUUGACAGAUGUGCGUGUCAACUAUCAUAUUCAGCUAUGGCGUCUUGGAGUGUCUGGAUGCUUCUUGUUUUUUGCAUUAUUAACAGUUAAUAUAUGAUCUUGGCUGUUGGUUUUAAGCACCUGUGGAAAGUAAUGGUAGCAUCGUUUCCAACAAUAUCAUCUUAAUGAGAUAAACAAAGAUGCGGAUGUUGAUGAACCUCUUGAGAAAGAUGAAUUUUUGGAUAUUUGUGGAGGAUGAAUCUUCACAAGUGAUUGAGAAUUAGUGCAACAAGAGUUUUGAAUCUCAUAAUGCGCUGUAUGGAAAA